UUUCCUUGUUAGUGGGGCCAUGUUUGUCGGCGCUGUCAUCGUCCCUGUUAGUGACAGAUCACAAAGAAAAAAGGUGGGCUGCUUGUGACUGAGCAUCCGUGUGAGAGAAAGAGAGAGAAAUAGACACGCGCUCUUGGGUCUUCGUCGUCCAUUCGUUUUCCCUCUCUUUCUGUAGUCUCUCCCCUUAGCUAAUUUGGUCCAGUAGAAAGGGGUGGGGAGUCUCUCUCUCUCUCUUCUGGUCUUGACGGGUCAUUAAUAAGGAAGGGGUACUGACUCAUUGGGGCCGGCGGAGGGCCACCACAAGAAGAGCGGUGCAUUCGGUGUUGGGUCGCUGUGUCGCAGUAGUUGGCGCUCGGCAGGGUUCAGCCCCUCCCUUCCCCAAGAACUGUUCAAAUACCUACGUUACCAGCAGCGCGGGGCACCUCAUCGCCACCACCAGCUGAGGCUUUCUGUUUUUUCUGAGGCUCUUCGGAAAGAGGGACUGCUGGCUUCUUCCUCCUCUUUGUCUGAAUCUUCUUCUACCCUGGUUCCGUCUUUCUCGCCUUCGCUGUCUCUUAAACGGAAGGCGAUGGCGGUGAAUGGGCGCGCGGAGACAAUGGCAGAGAACGGGCACGCCUCCGCUGAUGAUCUGCGUCGAUUGAGAGGAAAGAAGGCAGUGCGGAAUGGAGCGUCGGUGGAAACGACCGUUCACUCGUACGCUCAGGCGGGAGAUCUCUACAGCCUUCAGUCCCUGCUGCAGCAGGCUCCUGACCUUAUCAACGCCCGAAACUCCGUCAUAUCUCAAACACCGCUUCAUGCUGCUGCCUCCUGUAACAGGAUUGAGGUUGUGAGGUAUCUUCUCGAUAUCAUGGAGCCUGAAAAGGCAGAUCUGGAAGCUCUAAACAUGUAUGGAGAAACCCCUUUACAUGUAGCGGCGAAGAACGGCUGCACUGAAGUGGUUCGUUUGCUUCUAGAUCAUGGCAUGCCUCUGGAAGUCAAGGCCAAAAAUGGAAUGACUCCAUUGCAUCUAGCUGUUUGGCAUUCUCUUCAAUCAAAAGACUCUGCAACUGUGGAGGCGUUGCUCACGUACAAUGCAGAUUGUAGUGCUACUGAUAAUGAAGGAAAGACUCCGCUAGAUCAUCUUUUACAAGUCCCAGGUACAGAGAAGGUACAACAACUUAUUAGGUUUCAUAUUGAAGAGCAGCGCAAAAGAAAGGCCAUUGAAGCAUGUAAUGAAGCAGAAGCCAAGAUGGCGGAACUGGAAGUUGAAUUAUCAACUCUUGUUGGGCUAAAUGACCUGAAGCUGCAGUUGCGGAAAUGGGCCAAAGGAAUGCUUCUAGAUGAAAGGAGACGAGCUCUAGGGCUGAAAGUAGCUGCAAGGAGGCUCCCCCAUAUGGCUUUUCUUGGCAACCCAGGAACAGGUAAAACUAUGGUUGCUCGGAUCCUUGGAAAGCUGCUGCAUCGGAUGGGCAUCCUGCCUACGGAUCAUGUGACUGAAGUACAGAGGACAGACCUUGUUGGAGAGUUUGUUGGCCACACUGGACCGAAGACCAGAAGAAAGAUCACAGAGGCGAUGGGAGGGAUUCUAUUUGUUGAUGAGGCGUACAGGUUGAUUCCUGCUCAGAAAUCUGACGACAAAGACUAUGGGCUGGAGGCUCUGGAGGAGAUUAUGUCAGUUAUGGACUGUGGAAAAAUUGUUGUGAUAUUUGCGGGUUAUAGUGAGCCAAUGAAGCGGGUGAUUAGUGCAAAUGAAGGUUUCACCAGAAGGGUGACCAAAAUCUUCUGUUUUAGUGACUUCAACACGAGGGAGCUGGCAGAAAUUGUUCAUAUUAAAAUGAAGCACCAGGUUGUAGAUAGCUCUCUGUAUGGCUUCAAGUUGCACCCGUUAUGUGGGAUUGAGAAUUUGGCUAUUUUACUAGAAAAGGAAACCACUGAAAAACAGCGGAGGGAGAUGAAUGGGGGGAUCGUUGAUCCCAUGCUCACGAACGCGAGGGAAAAUUUGGACCUGAGACUCGAUCUUGCCUGCACAGAUGUUGAGAGUCUAACGACAAUCACUAUGGAAGAUCUAAGAGAAGGCGUUCGAUUGUUCUUGAAGUGAGAGGAGAUCCAUAUUUGUAUGUACCACUUUAUAAGUUUUCACAAUUUUGCAUUCUUUAUAAUUCAAGGUAUUAAAUCGAUUAGGUAUUCAAUAAAAUUAUCAAAUUUACUUAA